AAAAUGAGCUCAAAAUUCGAGAAAAUGUAAUUAUUAAAAUGCAAACUUAAUGAGAGAGGCAACUGUCGAUUCUAUUAAAUAAAUUAAUCAGAUCAUCUCUUUGACUUGACUAAACAUUAAAAUCUGCAUAAAGAAUAACUUUAAAUUUUUCAACUGUAAACAGGAAACUCAACAUUUGAUUUAGAAUGACUAGAAAAUUAUUACCUUGAUUUACAUCCCUACUAUAAUAUGGUCUAUAGACAGACAAAACAAUCACAAAUAUCUCAGGUAUCUUGAGCGCACAAGCCUCACAAAUCAUUUAACUGAUAAAUCUUGUAUAAUUAUUUUUCAGUUCAUUGAAUAAAAAUGAAUUCUUUAUAAAAAUAGCAGCACCACCACGGAUUUUACUUCAUCUACAUUAAUACGAUCCUGUUCUAAAGUCUCAAAUAAUAUUAUUAUUAAUUUUCUCUUCAUUCAUCCAAUGCUCACUGAUUGCAAUCACAUCCAUCCCAUUUUUGUGAGCAGUUAUUUCAAGAUAGUCAAUUUUACUUGACCCUGUGAAUUCCAAGACAACAGUUAACUUCAUUAUUAGUCAUAAUUGGUUCAGACCUAAUGAGUUCUGAGUCAAUUAAGCACAAAUCAAUAUUGCUGUCUGUCAUUACUCCAUAAUUAAUCAGAUUUUUACUAGUAAUAUUAGAACUAUUAUUUGGGUUUUUACUAAUAUUAUCAGUCCUUUCACUAUUAGUAAUAAUUACAGAUAAUAAAUCAUUGUCAGUUACUAAGAGUUUAAAUUAUCUGCCAAAAUACCAGAAGAGACGCUUUGUUCCGUGCAUUCCAAAACUUCAAUAGAUGGUAACCAUGAUAUGAGGUUGACCUUACAUGGAAGAGAAAUAGGUGCAAUUAAAUUAAAUUUAAAAAAUGUUCCUUCACCAUUUAUUAUAAUUUAUGAGUAUGGCAUGAGGAAAAAACAUCAAAAAUAUUAUAACUCAUACACUUAAUAUUGUUGGUGCUUGUCAUUGAGAUGAAAAAGAAGAAAUACUUGCCAGUCAAUGGCUCUAUCAAAAUAUAAAUAAUGAAAAAAUAACACUCAAUUAGUACGUGAUAGAUUCCUGCCUUUCUUAAAGGUGGGCUUUAGGAUAUUCUCAAAGUGAACAAUAUUGAGCUUAUAGGAGAUUCAAAAAGUUUAAUGAAACACUUUCUUUCAGUGGAAUGAGAAUAAUCUUGUUUUUAUUACACAGCUUAUGAUGUGUCAAGAUAUCAUGACCUGAUUUGUGAUGAUGCUAUAACUAUAGCUGUAGGCGACCUGAUAAGUUGUGAAUGCAUUUUUCAUGUUACCGUAUUUAUCUCUUGCUACUGAUCUCAUUUUGCAAAAUCUACUUUGGCCAAGACUUGUGAACAGUUGGUGUGCUGCUUUUGCUAAAUUCAACCAUGGAAAAGGACAAAGAGCUGUUUAAACUGAAACUUCAUUAUCUUCUAUUUUGUGCAGGAGUUGCACCAAUGCUUCUAUUCACCAACACAUUUGCAAAGCAGCUAGGGUUUUCUGCUCUCACAGUUGGAUCAAUAUUCACAUCAAUGCAAAUUGCUAGAGUGAUUGGAAAACUCGUUUUUGGUGCUCUGACAGAUAAACUUCAAGCUCACAAACAGAUAGCUCUGCUCUUAUUAACAAUUUCAACGGUUAGCUUUUUUCUGAUGAUGUACAUUCCACCCCUACAAAAAGAAAUAUUUUCGGAAAUCUAUUGCGGUAGCUCGAUGAAUAUUUCCUUGAAAGUGUGCUCAUCGAAAGAUUUUAAUAAGAAGAGCACUUGUGAUUCAGAAGCAACAGAUUUCAAUUUCGCCUCAUCGUCAAUAGGCUGUCAGAUGCAGUGUAUUGUGAAUCAAGAUUCGUAUAGAACUGUAUGUAGAAAUGCAGGUCCACCAACAACAAAUAUAUGCAAACUUUUCCAAAAAGGGAAUGCAAAUAUUUCAACUGAUAGAGUAUCUCUUGAUGGAUUUUCCGAAUGGAAUGAGGUGUCAGUCUUGGCCAAUGAAGCUGUGCAUCUCAAAACUAAUCUAACAAGUUCAUUUACAAGGAUGGAAGUCUUAGGAAAUAAGAGCUCCUGCUUCUUAUUCAAUGUACUAUCAAUGGAAGACACAUUGAAAAGCACUCUGGUAUCUUCAACAGAUCUGUUGGAUAGCUCGCUUUGUAAGCAGAAUGAUGUGAAACUGGCUCACUGUAGAACGACAUGCGAUAAUCCCUCGGUAACCGAGUUGGGAACUCUAGUUGAAGUGAAGAAUGUCACUGAGGAGUAUCAGCUGUGGGUGUUCUUAGUGCUGUUGGUGCUUGGAUGCGUCGGUUCCACUGUCAUAGUCAGUAUUUCCGAUACAAUGACAUUUGCACAUCUUGGUGAAUCUUCUUCGGAUUUUGGUAAAGUUCGACUAUGGGGUUCUGUUGGCUGGGGAACUUUUACACUUAUAAGUGGUAAAUUAGUUGAUGAACUAAGUGAAGAUACGUUCUCGAAGAACUAUUCUCCAGCUUUCAUUUCAUCUGCGAUUAUUCUAAGCCUGGAUUCUCUGGUUGUGUUUUCGAUGAAAACGUCUGUUAAAAAGAAAUCCAAGAAAUUAGCUCUCGAUGUUGGAAAGAUAUUACUGAAUUUUGAAACCAUCAUUUAUCUUUGCUGGUGCAUAUCAGCUGGUGUAUGUGUUGGACUGUGCACAGGAUUUUUUUUCUGGUAAGUAGAGACAAUUAGGGUAUCCAAUAUACCAUUAAUUAAGUUUUUCCUUCAACGUCGUAAUUAUAUUA